UCUCUCUUCUCGCAUAAAACUUACAAGAGCAGUCUUCGAAUUGAAAGUGUGAAUUUUGUCUUUAAUUUUCUCCAGUAAUUAAACAACGACCAUAAUGUCAUCAUUUAAAGUGCCCUUUCUCUCUUCCUUUAAUGGUCUAGGGGUUUACUUUUUUCUUCACACACUUCUGCUUUGGUAGGUUGUGCCGUUGAAGUGAUGGGCCCGAAACUCCACUGAAGAUUUUGAUGGUGCGAGGGGUCUCUAUCCUUCUUUCAGCGCUCCAUUUGCCCCCAGUUUUCUACUGUCUCGCAUUUGGGUUUCUUUGGGUUUUUCUCUGAAAAGAUAAGAUCUUGAGUUCUCUGAUUUCUCUGUCUGACGGCCAUGGGAGCUGACUUUCUGAGGUUUCGGCACAUGGCUUUUUGAUUUUGGAGAUAGGUUUUGGAGAUAAUGGGCUAAUGAAGUUGGGUUAGUGUUUUGGUCAACUUCGGUUGACUCUGGUUUGGUUUGGUUUUGCUUUCUAACGUAUUGAGCUUGUGAUUCUAAGGCUAGUUUUCAGCUGCCCGUGGGUUUUGGUCCUGUAGCGACAGCGAUCAUUUGGUUUUUUGAUCAGUUGUGUGUUUGUUGCAUCUACGUAUUUGUGUGAGAAAUGGUGAUUGGAGGAUAGUUACUUGAUCUUGAGGUGGGGUUUUGACAAAUCUGGUGUUGGCAAGUCCUUGGACGACGCGAAAUGGACAGAAUGAUUCAACCGCCUCUGGUUGAUACAACUUGUUUAUGUAGGGUAGAUGCAGGCCUCAAAACUGUGGCUGGCGCCAAAAGAUUUGUUCCUGGGACAAAGCUCUGUCUUCAGCCUGACAUUAAACCAUCCAUUCAUCCAACAAGAAGCAAGCCAUCACGUGGUGACAGGAGUCGAAAUCAAUCCCCUCUGCUCCCAGGACUCCCUGAUGAUCUUGCCAUUGCUUGCCUAAUCCGGGUCCCAAGGGUUGAGCAUAGGAAACUCCGGCUGGUCUGCAAAAGAUGGUAUCGUCUUUUGGCUGGCAACUUCUUUUACUCACUUCGCAAAAGCCUUGGGAUUGCAGAAGAAUGGGUAUAUGUCAUUAAAAGAGACCGAGACGGGAAAAUAUCAUGGCAUGCCUUUGAUCCUAUAUAUCAGCUUUGGCAGCCCCUCCCCCCAGUCCCUAAGGAAUAUUCUGAAGCCCUUGGGUUUGGUUGUGCUGUCCUUAGUGGGUGUCACCUCUAUCUGUUUGGUGGUAAAGAUCCACUAAAGGGAUCAAUGAGACGGGUCAUAUUUUAUAGUGCUAGGACUAAUAAAUGGCACCGUGCUCCAGAUAUGCUCCGCCGGCGACAUAUUUUUGGCUCUUGUGUCAUAAACAAUUGCUUGUAUGUAGCAGGCGGAGAGAAUGGCGGUGUGCACCGAUCCUUGAGAUCAGCUGAAGUCUAUGAUCCUAACAAGAAUCGGUGGUCCUUUAUUUCAGACAUGAGCACCGCAAUGGUUCCAUUUAUUGGGCUUGUCUAUGAGGGCAAGUGGUACUUGAAAGGGCUUGGGUCUCAUCGGCAGGUUCUGAGCGAGGUCUAUCAACCAGACACUGACAGCUGGCACCCAGUUUAUGAUGGAAUGGUGGCAGGCUGGAGGAAUCCAAGUACUUCGCUUAUUGGGCACCUUUAUGCUUUGGACUGCAAGGAUGGCUGUAAACUUAGGGUUUAUGAUGAAGCUACUGAUUCUUGGAGCAAGCAUAUUGACAGUAAAAUGCAUUUAGGGAAUUCUCGGGCUUUGGAAGCAGCUGCUCUUCUUCCCCUUAAUGGCAAACUGUGUAUCAUCAGAAACAAUAUGAGCAUUUCUCUGGUGGACGUUUCAAAAUCUGAAAAUGCAAGGGAUCCUGCGGCUGAACAUUUAUGGGAAACUAUAGCUGGGAAAGGACAGUUCAAGACUUUGGUCACAAAUCUCUUGUCCAGCCUUGCUGGCUGGAACCGCCUGAAAACUCACAUUGUUCACUGUCAAGUUCUUCAAGCUUGAACACCGCAUAUAAGAACUAAAUGUGGCUCUGAACUUUUUAAUGUCUCUUUGUUUCUGAUGGUCUGUGACAUGCAUAGGAAGGUCUGUGACAUGCAUGGGAAGCUGAUGCACAUAAACUUCUUGUAGGUUCGAAUUGGAAGUAUAAAUCAUGUUUACCUUGAUGGGUUCUAGAUGGAUGAGGAUGCUUGUUUUGCUAGACUUUUUUGUUACAAAAAUAUAUAAUACAGAGUCGUUACAAGUUGAAGAUUGAA